AUGGCGAAAUGUUGCACCUUAGCGCUACUGGGCACACUGGUGGUGCUCUCACUUCUCGUGAGCCCCAUUGCCUGCUCCCGCAAGCCCACCAAGCCGAAGACGAGGUCGGCGGUCAGCCACAACCCUGCUGUCAAGGCCCACAGCAGCUACAAUGGCACUAGCCCGUCGGCCGCCUACGGCUCCGGCGGCUGGUUAGCCGGCGGCGCGACGUACUACGGUGCCCCAAACGGCGACGGAAGUGACGGUGGCGCGUGCGGCCACCAGAGCGCCGACGGGAGCCGGCCGUUCUCGUCGAUGAUCUCCGCCGCUGGCCCGUCGCUGUACAAGGAAGGCAAGGGCUGCGGCGCAUGCUAUGAGGUUAAAUGCGAUAGCGCGAGCAACUCGGCGUGCUCCGGCCAGCCGGCGACCGUCGUCAUCACCGACUCUUGCCCCGGCGGCGCCUGCCUCGUGGAGGCGGCCCACUUCGACAUGAGCGGCACCUCCAUGGGCGCCAUGGCGAAGCCUGGCAUGGCCGACAAGCUCCGUGCCGGCGGUAUCCUCAAGAUCCAGUACAAGAGGGUGCCAUGCAAGUACCCUGGCGUGAGCAUCGCCUUCAGGGUGGACCAGGGGUCCAACCCCUUCUACCUGGAGGUCCUGAUCGAGUUCGAGGACGACGACGGCGACCUCAGCGCCGUCGACCUGAUGGAGGCCAACUGCGGCUCCUGGACGCCCAUGGCGCAGAACUGGGGCGCGCUGUACCGCCUCAACUCCAACACCGGCAAGCCGCUGCGCGGGCCCUUCUCGCUCAGGCUCACCUCCGACUCCGGCAGGAAGCUCGUCGUCAACAACGUCAUCCCGGCAAGCUGGGCGCCCGGAGCCACGUACCGCUCCCUGGUGAACUUCCCCUAA